AUGUUGUGUUUUUGUACAGAGAUGGUCGCUUUGAGUCAGACCUUUAGGAACCGGGUGGAUCUGCAGGACAGACAGAUGAAGGAUGGAGACGUGUCUCUGACUCUGAAGGAUGUGACCGUAAAUGAUACAGGAACAUAUCAGACUGACCAUAAGAGGAGUGAAGGGCAGCUGGAGACAGGAGAGCGUCUGGAUUCAGACCAAAUGGAGGAAAUGAGUCCAGUGAAGCUCUGGGAGGGGCUUUAA